CUCUAUAUAUUAAAACCCUUUUCCGCUGGAUCACAAACUAACAAACAUUUAAUCUAUUAAACAUCAUUGAUUUCACUUCCUUCAUUUUUGGUUAAUCCUUCGCUAAAAAUUCGUAAAGACGAUGAUGGCAAAAAACGUUUUGGUAGCCGGUGGUGCUGGAUACAUCGGUAAUCACACAGUGCUUCAACUGCUUAUCGGCGGUUACUCCGCCGUAGUUGUGGAUAAUCUCGACAAUUCCUCCGUCGUCUCUCUGGAGCGCGUGAAGAAACUCGCCGCCGAACACGGUGAACGCCUCUCCUUUCACCAGGUGGAUCUCCGGGACAGACCUGCCCUUGAGAAGAUUUUCUCAGAAACAAAGUUUGAUGCAGUGAUACACUUUGCUGGACUUAAAGCAGUAGGUGAAAGUGUAGAGAAGCCUUUGCUGUAUUAUAAUAACAAUCUCAUUGGGACUAUUACGCUUUUGGAAGUUAUAGCUCAACACGGCUGCAAAAAUCUUUUGUUUUCAUCAUCAGCCACUGUCUAUGGCUCUCCAAAAGAAGUUCCUUGCACAGAGGAGUCUCCAAUUUCUGCAUUGAACCCAUAUGGAAGAACAAAGCUAUUUAUUGAGGAAAUCUGUCGUGAUGUAUACCGAUCCGACCCAGAAUGGAAGAUCAUAUUGCUAAGGUAUUUCAAUCCUGUUGGUGCACAUCCUAGUGGUGACAUUGGUGAAGAUCCUCGCGGUAUUCCCAACAACCUCAUGCCUUUUGUCCAACAAGUCGCUGUUGGAAGGAGACCUCAUCUCACUGUCUUUGGAAAUGAUUACAAUACAAAAGAUGGAACAGGGGUUCGAGAUUACAUUCAUGUUAUUGAUUUAGCUGAUGGACACAUAGCCGCUCUGCGUAAGCUAGAAGAAUGCAAGAUCGCUUGUGAAGUGUACAAUCUCGGAACAGGAAAUGGAACGUCCGUUCUUGAAAUGGUUGAUGCCUUUGAAAAAGCAUCUGGGAAGAAAAUCCCUCUGGUGAUGGCUGGACGUCGUCAGGGAGACGCUGAAGUUGUUUAUGCCUCAACGGAAAGAGCAGAAAGUGAAUUGAAUUGGAAGGCCAAAUACGGGAUAGAGGAAAUGUGCAGGGACUUGUGGAACUGGGCUAGUAAUAAUCCUUAUGGAUAUGAUUUCUCUGAAGCCUGAAAAUUCCUUAUUUAACCUUUUUUUCAAUAUAGUAUUUGUCUCUAUCUAAUAUUAAUUUACAGAAAAAAGAAUAAAAAAGAUUCAGAUUUUAGGAAAAUAUUGGGGGAAGUUGUGUACUAUUAUUAUCAGUGAUAUAACUUUAUCAUAUAACGAUUUCAAUCGAUCAAUUUAUAUUU